GCAAUAGAAAGUGAGGCAGCGCAAAACAACGAGAGAAAACCCAGAGCUCCGAGCACGUCCUGGGCACAAAUACGGCCUUUAAACCCCUGGCAGCGGAUCAAAGUGCACCCAUGUUUCCUGACUUGAGUCCAGGACUGAACUUGAUGCGAGGCCCUUCCUAUAACUUUCCUAUGAUGCACCUGUGAACCAGAGGGGCAGAAAGAUGCCGCGAACCAAGCAAAACAACCCCAAAAAUCUCAAAGAUAAAAUUGAAGAAGCACAAAAGGAGCUGAAAGAACCCAAGAGCUCUCAGAAAGGUGUGUCUGAAAGCACCCGCCAAAAUGUCGACAAGUCCCAGAGCCUGAAGAGGAAGAAGGUUGUCGCGGGGAGCCAGCUCAAAAAAAUCCCCAAAUCUCCAGUAAAAAAACCUUUACAGUCAAAGCCAUGCGACUCUGCUGUCCAAGAAACGCUAACAGACAAAACUACUCCACUGUCCUCCUCCUCCUCAUCAAAUACUCACAUCCACCAGUCUACAGUGCCAGCUAGAGGACAAACAGAGAUCCAAAAUGUUCAAGCAACUGCAAAAUCAGCAAAAGAAGGGAUUCUGGAGCAAGAUCAGAUAAUAAAGGCACCAAUAUCACCAAAACCAUUUAAAGUUGAGAAGGCAUCUUUAGAUACGUCUCAACCAACUCUAACUGAAACUAGCAAAACGCAAUCUCCCGAACACGAAGAAGAACCUUACCACAGUAGUGCACCGUUAGAUGUUUUGCUAAAAGCUAUGGAGCCAGAUUUUAGCACGUUAGCGGAAAGGAAAAAUCAGCCAGUUUCGAAAGUUAGCACGCAAACUACCAUCGGAGAAGUUCAAGCUGUGCCUACACUUAAUAUUGGAAUACAGUCUUCACAUAUGCAAACAUAUUACAUUGACAAACAAGGGAAUUUUAUUGGGAUAGCAGCGCCAAUACAAGGAACAGUGCAAGCAGGGACACAAACUUUGCAAAGUGGGACUCAUUUCAUACCAGUUGCAAAUCCUGAAAAGCCUAGAUUGCAAAUGAGUUUUAACCCAGGACCAGUGGCCAUAACCCAUGGGUCAAAUGCGUUACCGCAAAGCCAACCACCAAUAGUCCAAACUUGCCAGUCUUUAUCUGCAACUGUUCCUAGUUCUAUUCAGGUUCCAGUAACUCCAGGAAGCAACCAAGUUCAAAUGGCAACUGUAAUGAGUUUCGGAGAUCAGAUUUCCAAAGACCAAAAACCGAAGAAGCAAGGAAAAUACGUUUGCGAAUAUUGUAACAGAGCAUGUGCCAAACCAAGCGUGCUGCUAAAACAUAUCAGAUCCCAUACAGGUGAACGGCCAUAUCCGUGUGUGACCUGUGGAUUCUCGUUCAAAACAAAAAGCAAUUUGUACAAACACAAAAAAUCCCAUGCACAUGCAAUUAAACUAGGUUUGAUGGCAAGAUCGGAGUCAGGAGGUGGUUCAUUAUCCCAAGAAUCAGAAAAAGGAGGAGGGACUCAUUCAGAGACAGAAGAUACGGGAGAGAGUGAAGAAGAAGGAAGUAAUCAUGAGCUAGAACAAGAUUUAGCACCAAGUAAUAUUGUAGCAGUUUCAGAAAGUAGUUUGCAAAGUUUAAACCAAGCUUGUCAAAGUGAAGUUGAUCAACUGAAUGGGGUUGAUUCUUGCAAAAUUCAAACUCCGAAAUCUUACGAGCCAAAAGUCACAGCUGCGCUUCCAAAAGUUGUUGUCUAUCCAGUUAAUGUUUCACCACUGAGAGCGGACAGCCCAAGAGUUACCAUGGCAGCCCCGGAGCAAGCAGCAGCACGUCAACGGGAAUUCCAAUCAGCAAGUUUGAGAUCAAGCAUCACAGUUUUGUCAUCGCUGAAAGAGGUUGACGGUACAAAUGUGUCAAUAGAUGUAAGUGAGGAUGAGAAUCAACAGUGCAAGUCCCCAUUACUGGGAGGGCACGCACAGCUCCAACGACAACAAGCAACCGAUUUCUCCCAACAACAACAACCAAAAUACUUGCUUAGUCCAAGGAGCUUGGGUAGCACAGAUUCAGGCUAUUUCUCCAGAUCAGAAAGUGCAGAUCAAGCCAUGAGUCCACCAAGUCCAUUCGUAAAAAUAACUCCACCUCUAGAAAUUGACAAAAAUGUUCUUCCAAGUAUGCCACCAAUUGCUGCAACUGUAAUGCAUAUGCAACCUGAGCAAAAAACAAGACCAAUAGAAGGGCAGAUGAGACCACCACUAGAACCGAAAGCACUGUCAUUAGAAGAACGUAUUUCCAAACUGAUUUCUGACAAUGAAGCGGUCGUUGAUAAUAAACAACUGGAUAGCGUCAAACCAAGGAGGACUUCUCUGUCAAGGCGAGGUAGCAUAGACUCACCCAAAUCAUAUAUUUUCAAAGAUUCUUUUCAAUUCGAUCUCAAACCAAUCGGGAGAAGGUCCAGUUCUAGUUCGGACAUCCCAAAAUCGCCAUUCACGCCCACAGAUAAGUCAAAACCAGUGUUCUUGCUAUCUGUACCUUCGCAAUAUCCUCCAAUGGACUGUUUGCCAAUAACUAGAAGUAACUCAAUGCCAACUACUCCGGGACACUCAGUGUUGCCAGUCAAUGUACCUCUGCUCCCGCACCCAUUACGAGUUUGCCAGUCUUUUGAUGAGAAAAUUAGCACACUUAGUGAUGAUGUCUUCUCUUCUGCACCUCCAACCCCAAAUCCGGCAAUGCACACAAGAACAUUGGUCAGACAAGUAGCUGUAGAAGAUUUUUCCACAAGCCACGACGGACAUGGUCUUCCAACUGUGAGGUCUAUGGACGAGGGUUAUCAAGGACUGCCAAGUAAUCUGUCAGAACUGAUGCAUCGCAGCAGAUCAUUCGAACACAACCAAGAAAAAAACAGGAAACCACUGCAAAACAAAGGUACAAUGUAUGAAUGUGAAACCUGUCGGAAUCGGUACAGGAAGUUGGAAAAUUUUGAAACUCACAAGAAGUUUUAUUGCUCAGAAUUGCAUGGUCCAAAAAACAAACCAGUUAAAGAGAUUGAGCCAGAGGUUUUCCAUGUACAUAUGCAACAGCCAAUAACCUCAAGGUCAGCAUCUGGUUUGGGAAAUACUGAUCAACAAACAUCUUUCAGGAAACGUAGAAUGAAAAUGAAAAGUGUUGGAGAUGAGGAUGAUCAAUCGCCAACGGAUACGGUCCCGCCUUGUUCGGUUAGUUUGGAUUCAGAACAGUUGACAACAGCCAGUCGGACGUUUUCUCCCCAUGCAGUUAUCGUAGACGUACAACUGGAAAACAGCCAAGCUAAGCUACCUCAAAUUCAACUUGUAGCAAGAGGUACAUCCGAUGCAAGACUUGCACCGAUACAGGAAAUGAAAAUUGCAAAUCAAGGGGAGCUACAAAGACAAGGAAGUGGGACAUCAGUUAUAAGGCAUACUAAUUCGUUAAGUAGACCGAAUUCGUUUGAGACAGAAUCCAUGGACAGAGCAUCUCCAGUGGAAAAUAUAGAAAAAGAUCUCGGGAACAAGUCCAAAGCCAACCAAGUAGCAAAUAUUACAAAAGAUACAUGCCAUGAAAAUAAAUCUAAAACAGGGGAUUUUGGGAAAGCAAGAGCAACGCAGUACAGUGAAGGAAAUGUUAAAAUUCCGACUACUCCCGUGCAUCAGUCCCGACUUGUUCGCCAAAACAACAUCCAAGUUCCUGAAAUACUUGUAACAGAAGAACCAGAUAGAGAUUCUGACUCACAAAAUACAGAUUCAAAAGAAAAGUCAACCGAUCAAUUUAACUGGCCGCAAAGAAGCGAAAGUCUGUCAAAAUUACCUGCGGAAAAGUUACCACCAAAAAAGAAAAGAAUCCGAUUAGCACAGAUGGAUCAAUCUUCUGGAGAAUCCAGUUUUGAGUCAAGUUUGUCCCGAAGUCUAAGCAGAGAUAGUAGUUUGUCUCGUGGGUCUAGUAUUUCGGCAUCUUUUGACAGAGAAGAAUCUUUGAGAUCAGAAAGUCCAUCUAGGGUGGAUUAUGUCAACAAAAAUUCAGAUUUACAAGGCUUGCCUGCAGCUUUUAACACUUUAAAUGUCCCAGGAACUAUGCGUCGUGCCGCUUCUGAACAAAUUACAUGCACGCAACCAUCCGUGGAGGUUUCAACUGAGCAUCGAAGUAAGUCUUUUGAUUGUGGAAAUGUAUCACCAAGCAGUUCUCCAUCUCCAGUCGGUUUGCCAAAAAGUGCAUCCCAAGUACCGCUUAUUGAAAGAAGGCGUGGCCCACUGGUACGGCAAAUGUCAUUAAAAAUUGGUCCCGAAAGCCAGCAACCUGUUCGUAAAAGUGUCAUGCCACUAGAAAAAGUAGCUAAUGUUUACUCUCUAACGCAAACCAAGCCGCAGCAAAUUCAUAUUGCCAGUAGGAAUACAAUGAGUCACCCUUUUGUACUGCAGAUAGGAGAGAGGCCUUUGCAAAAGAAUGAACAGCUUGUGCAAAGUAUAAACCUGGGUAGUCCAACGUUACAACCGCAAAUUUACGGGCUUCCUCAUCCCUGGCACCAGACAUCAAGAGUUCAAAUCUGCCAAAAAGCUCAACAACCUCUCAAUCAGAUCCUAGUUUGCCCGGAAAAUUUGGAAAACAAGUCAACAGAAAAAGACAAGGCCAAUUUUGUUCCCAAGUAUCAACUUCCCUGCUCGACUUUUAGGGGUAACCAAACUUUUACAUUCUCAAACAUGCGAGGAACUCAAAUUGCUCUGCCAAUUUUAACCAUACCCAUUGCCAAUCCUAUUUUGGGUAUUUCAAAAUCUUCAGAAUUAAUGCAAAAUGUCGCACCACAAGCUAGCCAGCAAGCUAGUGAACCUCAAUCGCAAGCUAAUGCCAUACCGCUUCCACAAAUUUUGAUAACUCACGAACAAAUUAACCAAGCUCCAACACACAAAAACAUAGUAUUGCCAACUCAGUCUAUUCAAAAUGAUGCAAAGAAAGAAAAUCCACCAAUCCAACCAGCCAACAGUCCGAGUAGCAACAUAGAGCUAACAUCUUCAAUUGGCCCAAUACGAUGCACACAAAAGCUAGCAUCUGUAUCGCUGUGCCCGCAACAAGAGCAAACUGCAUCAAGUAAACGCAUGCUAUCUCCAGCAAACAGUUUAGAUAUUUAUAUGGAGAAGCAUCAAAAGCGUGCUAAAGAUGAACACGGGGUGGCUUGCCUCACAGAUGGAAGAUCGAUAAAUUAUUUGAAUUCAAAAAUGUCUGAAGUUACUAGACAAAGAAAGCUAAUGCUAGUUAGACAAACUUGCACAACCGAACCAACGGAUAGCCCAAUAGAAACAGAAGCACCUCCUUUGUCACCACUAAAAUCUGAAACUGUGAAGGAGGGAGAAGCUAGCGAGGAUGACGUUAAACCAAUGUCACCUGAUAGCGCUGGAAUUGAAAAAGAAACAUGUACAGUUAUACCUGAAGAGACUGGUACAAAUACUGGAAGCCAAUCUAUGCCAAUUACAAAGACGCAAGACAAGAUUGAGGAGCAAACAUGGCUACUGGCUAAAUCCCCGAUAAGACCUUCCAGUUUUAGUAGCGGACAAGUCAAGUUAACAACAUCAGUAUCAGUUGUAAAUACUAAAGAUAGCCAUCGCUUGUCAUUCCCGAGUCUCAAAACCACAACAACAUACACGUGGUGCUUUCUGAUGAAGAGGAAAUCAAUCCACGUACAGCAGACUGAUUUGAAAACUUCAGCCUAUUUGACAUGGUCAGUUUUGCCCAAUAAUCCAAACCCACUGGGGCUGGCGACCAAGGUGGUGAUGUCGCUGUUUGAUUCGAAACAAAGCUCAAAGAAAAUCAUCUACACGUCGGCCAUAAAGACGAGUGGGGUCAAAGAUAUACUGUCCUACUCUGGGAAACUGAAGGACAUCAUGCCCAAGGUGCCAUUGCCUCAGAAGUGUAAGUCUGCUGUUGGGAGACCCAAAGCUCAGCCAGAGCUUCAGAGCAGCCUUGAGUCAGACAAAGAGCUGUCCACCAAGAGUGAACCACGACGGGUCAAAAUAUUUGACGGAGGGUACAAGUCAAAUGAGGAGUACGUGUAUGUGCGGGGUCGUGGCAGAGGGAAGUACAUCUGUGAGGAGUGUGGCAUCCGCUGUAAAAAACCCAGUAUGCUCCGAAAACACAUCAGGACCCACUCAGAUGUGAGGCCCUACCACUGCAACCAUUGCAACUUCUCCUUCAAGACCAAAGGGAACUUGACAAAGCACAUGAAGUCCAAGGGUCACAGUAAGAGGUGUUUAGAGAUGGGGGUCCCCGAAGGGCCACUCGAUGACCUGGACGCAGAUGACUCUGGAGACCGAAGCCACGUGAGCAGUGUCGACCGCCCCGACUCAGACGGGGAUGAUUCGGAUGAAGACGAUGAAAAUGAAGAAGAGGAGGAGGACAGUCAGGCUGAAUCUGGACUGUCCACCAACCCGUCUGUGUCUGCCAGCCCUCAGCACUUCCCCUGCAAAGAGUCAGAUGCCCCACCAAGUGCCCUGCUCGCUCAAAUGUCCAUCAGCUCCGUAUUACCUCUGUGCCAACCACAGCAGCUCACCGAAUCCAGCAUUUCAGACUCAGAUUUGGUCCCCAUGUUAAGCCCAAAGCAGCUAACGGGUAGUGGAGGUGUUAGCGGUGAUGUUAGCGCAGCACUGGGAGUCACAGAUGUGCAGAAGUUGCCCUCAGCAGCAAUAGUGCCCCCUUCAGGAGUGGCAGAGGUAUCAGAUAUAGAGUCAGUUCAUAUGAUGAGUCCUGUGUCACCCUGCAGACAGAUGUCCAUAGACUUCCCAGACUUCGAAGGUCCACUAAGUCCCCCAGCCCCCGGAAACCUGGCUAAAACUGGACAGGACUCUCCAUCACCCUCUUCUGUCAAGGCGUCAGAGCUGUCUCUCCCGGUUGACCGCGGGACUCAGACUUCCAUCUUCCCCUGUCACACUCCUCUCCUCUUCCCCCAAAACCCUGCGCCUGCUCCUCCCUCUGCUCUGCCCAUGAAUGGAGAGACCCACCUCUUCAGCCACCUGCCCCUCCACUCCCAACAACCCCCACGUUCCAGCUACAACAUGCUGCCAGUAGGGGGCAUCCAACUGGUUCCCGCUGGGUUAGCCGCUUAUUCCACAUUCGUGCCAAUCCAAGCCGGGCAAGUUCAGCUUACCAUACCUGCUGUUGGGGUCAUUCAUCGUAAUACAAGUCUGCUACCAGCUCCAAAAAUGUCUCCGCAAGCAGGGGAGGAAAUCCAGAGUAAUCCUGUUUUGGUGCAAGACCCGAGUAGCGUAGUUCCUUGCUUCCCUGUAGCACAAACGCUACAACCGCUCAACUUAGAGACGCUAAACAUCAUGGGAAUUGCUAAUACCGGGCUAGCGUCAACGCAGCUACUUCAACAACAAGGCUUGACACUAAAUGCAACGCUAGGUUUGCAAGUGUUAGCGGCUAGCCCAACAUCACAAAGUAGCACACAAGUACCAGGGUUGCAAAUAGUUAAUAUAGCGUUACCAGCGAUUAUACCAUCAGUUAGUCCAAUCCCAGUGCUGAGUCCACUUACAGCGGGAAUGGACAGGCAAGAAAGCCCAGAACCGCAACACGAAGGUGGGCAAAGUCCAGGGAAGAUGCCAGUAUCGCCUGCUCCGGUGGUGGCUAGCAGUCCUCCAGUGUUAAGCGCUAUCCCUGCAAAUACUAGCAGCAAUUCAAAAUCAGCAAAUGCAGUUAAACAGGAAGUAAGCGCAUCCAUAGAGCAAAAAUUAUCAUCAGUCCUUGAAAACCAGAUUACAAAACCGACAAAAACAUGGCAGAAGUCGAUGGAGGAUUACAACGAAGCUUCCAGCGAUGAUGAGGAUCGACUGGUUAUUGCCACCUAAACAAAGACAUUACAUUUUUGUAAUUUUUAUCACUCUUAACACGUUUAUAAACACAUAUUCAGGGGUUUGUGUGUUUGCAAAACGCUGUCAAAAAGCACAGAUGCUGACAUUCGUAACAACAGUGCAAUCUUAUCACUUAUUAUUAUGACCAAUCAUUUUUGCUUUUUGUCACUUUUUGUUUUUUUUUCUUUUUGUAAAUGUUGUAUAGACAACUGUGCCUUUAUGGAGUAACUUGUAGAUAUUUUCUUUACGUAGUGGCUUAUGGAUUUUGAGAAGUUUUUUUGUUUUUUUGUUUUUUUUCGUAAAUUGGAUGGAUUGUUAUAAGUAAUUGUACAUUUUUCUGGAUGAGAGCAGUGUCUGUACAGAUGUGAUGCUAUAUAUUUAUUCUGCUCCUCCGAGUGGUGUUUCAGUCCAUAGGAUCAUGUGCAUUAUGAUGGUAGCUCUACAUGGUUGUAUCAAUAUUCUUAAAUGUAUCAGUAAAUAUUUGGUAAUAAAAUACAAGUGAUGUCACAGA